CCUGGACUUCUCCGUGGACAUUCAUCAUCGUGGGCCAAGCUCAAGGACCUAAGAAACCACACUCAAUGACCAUCCAAUCGCUCUUCUCGACGUCCUUGUCAGCGCCUCCCCCCCGAGAUCAGGACCAAUGCAGGGAAUGUCAUAGCGCAUCUCUCGGCACGCUGCUCUUCAACCGUACCUUUGAGCUUCAGUUUAGUUCUAUUUGUCAGAUGACGCCUCGAUAGGUCUGUCUACUAUGACCUGACCUUAGCUGGGAGCUUGUUCAUGAGCUAAGCUACAGCUUGACCCUGAACCUCGGUGAGGUGCAUUGACUCUUUGCAUGGUCCCAACACUAGGUUGGGGGUAUAUGAAGGUGAAGUCCACCUCUUUCCAUCAUGUCUUCCAGUGGUUCAGUACGCAUCGAGAGACAGAUAUUGGAACCGAUUCCUAGCACACGACAAUCCAACAGUACAGAAACGAAAUCGCCCCGUCCCUUGCAUCUACCCUGUAUUCAAGAUGUAUGCCACCCUGCCUAACGGUAUCAAAGUCUUCUAUCGCGAAGCAGGCUCCUCAAGCAACCCCACCACCCUCUUGCUACAUGGCUUCCCAUCCUCCUCAAACCAAUACCGAAAAUUAAUCCCUAUUCUCGCAGAGAAAUAUCAUGUUGUCGCCCCAGACCUACCAGGUUUUGGGUUUACGGAAAUUCCUGCCUCAUUAAACUUCAAAUACACUUUCGCCAAUCUUGCGACCACCAUCGGCUCCUUCCUUGACGUCGUCAAGAUCGAGAAAUUCGCCGUCUAUGUGUUUGACUAUGGUGCUCCUACAGGAUUCCGCCUUGCGCUUGAGAGGCCGGAGGCCAUCACCGCCAUCAUCACUCAGAAUGGUAAUGCCUAUGAAGAGGGCUUGUCGUCAUUCUGGGAUCCCCUACGGGCAUUGUGGGCUUCUGAAGCUGGAUCUGAUGAGGACAAACAAUUGCGCGAGAUGAUUUCGGGUGCAGUCUUGUCCCUGGACGCCACGAAGGGUCAGUAUCUGAAUGGUGAGCCCGAGGCUGAAAAGAUCGACGACCCGGCGACAUACCAUCUCGACUACAGCCUCAUGUGCCGUCCAGGGAACAAGGACAUCCAGCUUGACCUGUUCAGGGACUAUGCCACCAAUGUCGCCCUCUAUCCCAAGUUUCAGGCGUACAUGCGCGAGAGCAAUGUUCCCGUGCUAGCCGUGUGGGGCAAAAACGAUACCAUCUUUCCACCACCAGGAGCGGAAGCCUUCAAGAGGGAUGCAAAAUCGCUGAAACUGGUGUUGUUGGACGGCGGACACUUUUUGGUCGAGAGUCAUACGGAAGAGAUUGGGAAGCUGAUGCUAGAUUUCUUGGCUGAAAGGGUCAUUUGAUUGAUUUUGUUCCCAACUUAUUGAAUGGGAAGACAGGCGACGGUCGGAAGCAGGUGCAUCCCCCAUUGAUGCCCGCGAAUUAUAAUACAUAUCUAGGUAGCUUGAGAAUCAAUAAGUGAAUGUCGCCAUUGCAGUUGAA